AUGAACGACAACAGCAUCAUUGCUAGAUUCAAAAAAUUCAAUCUGGGAGCGAGAAAAAAAGAUAGAAACACCGUCGAGUGCUACGACAUCACGAAGCCCGAGGAUGCACCAGCUGAAAAACUAACGCUGCGCGCCGUUCGAGCUGCUGGUCGUGGCACAUUCGGCUCAGUCCUCCAGGCAGUCAUUGAGGAAAAACGCGAGACUGUGGCUGUUAAAACGGUGUUUCAAGAUCCACAGUAUCAGAACCGUGAACUGGAAAUAAUGAAGCGGCUAAACCACGAUUCAAUAGUGAGGCUAAAAUAUUAUUACCUCUCGGAAAGACGUAAUGGGACAUAUCUACACCUGAUGAUGGAAUUUCUUCCCUUCUCACUUGGACGAGUACUCAAGUACUACUCGAGGCGCGGCGAGCAAAUGCCCGUCAUCUAUCAACAGUUGUACUGUUACCAACUUCUGCGUGGAUGCGCGUACUUGGCCACACUACAUGUCGUUCACAGGGAUCUAAAACCGGACAAUUGCCUAGUCGAGCCGGAACGAGGCCUCUUGAAAAUAUGCGAUUUUGGCACGGCGAAGAAAGUUAGAUCAGGCGAUACAAACGUAUCUUAUGUGUGCUCGAGGCCCUAUCGCGCUCCAGAAUUGGUGCUGGGAAAAGAGGAGUAUUCGGUCGAGGUCGAUUGGUGGUCGGCGGGCUGUGUAAUCGCAGAAAUCGUCCUUCAUCGGCCAUUAUUUUGUUCUUCACGAGGCCCAGCGCACCAGAUCAAGGCAAUGACAAAAGUUCUGGGCAAUCCGUCACGUGAAGAAAUUGGCGAAAUGGCAGUGUCGAUGAAGAAUGCCGAAGAAGCUCAGUACGACAAACCGGUGGAAAGGCAGAGCACACUCGAAGAAACGCUCCCAGAAGCGACCGAACCAGGACUCAUUCACUUGGCCAGCUCGCUGCUCAAGUACUCGCCGAAAGCGAGAGCGACGCCGCUGCAAGCUCUCAAAAACUCGCCUUUCUUCGAGCCGCUACAAGACCGUGAGACUCAAAUAAAAUUGCCAAAUGGCAAAGUCGUCGCCAUGGACAUUGUGUGCAUGAGUCCGGAGGAAGAGCAGCAAUUAGGGAAGAAAAACCGCUAA